GGGUGUUAGGUUCAUUGGCUAACCUCCUCUGUUCAUUUCCAUCAUCUUGGAGUCUUAGAAAUCUGGAUAGGCCAUUGCAGAUUUGCAGUAAACUAGAAUUACUCAGAGAUGGUUAGUGUGCCUGAGAUAAUCCUGAACUCUGGUCAUACCAUGCCUCUGCUAGGUAUGGGCACAGCAGUCUACCCCUUUGUGGGAUCAAAUGCUGUAACCUCAGCAAUACUCCGGGCAAUCGAGCUCGGUUACCGGCACUUCGAUACAGCUGCUCUUUACCAGACUGAGCAGUCUCUUGGUGAAGCCAUAGCUCAAGCUCGUCACCAAGGCCUCAUCAAAUCUCGAGAAGAGCUCUUCAUAACCUCCAAGCUAUGGUGCAGUGAUGCCCAUGCUGAUCUAGUCCUCCCUGCUCUUCACAAGACUCUCCGGAAUCUUCAAUUGGAUUACCUUGAUCUCUAUCUCAUACAUUUCCCAGUAAGCUUAAAGCCAGGAAAGUUUGAAGCUCCACCUCCAAAGGAGGACCUUAUGCCUAUGGACAUCAAGUCUGUUUGGGGAGCCAUGGAAGAAUGCCAGAGACUUGGUCUCACUAGGUCAAUUGGUGUCAGCAAUUUCUCUUGCAAAAAGCUCAGUGAUUUGCUUCUUAAUGUGACAAUCCCUCCUGCAGUUAAUCAAGUGGAGAUGAACCCAGUUUGGCAGCAGAAGAAGCUGAGGGAGUUUUGUAAGAGCAAAGGUAUCCAUGUGGCAGGUUACUCUCCUUUGGGCGCCAAAGGAACAAUUUGGGGUACCAACCGAGUUAUUGAGUGUAAGGUUCUUGAAGAGAUAGCCAAGGCUAGAGGAAAGACUAUUGCUCAGGUUUGUCUGAGAUGGGUUCAUGAGAAAGGGGUAAUCGUUUUGGUUAAGAGCUUUAACGAGGAGAGGAUGAAAGAGAACCUGGACAUAUUUGACUGGGCAUUGAGCGAAGAGGACUCCCAGAAGAUCAGUCAGAUCCAGCAGUUUAGAGCAUUCCCUACAGAUGAUUUUGUGUCAGUAGAUGGGCCCUUCAAGUCUGCUGAGGAGUUUUGGGAUGGAGAGAUCUAACUCAGCCCUAGUGAUGCUCAUGACUUAGACCUUUGAAGUUGCAUUUCCAAGAAUGAUUUAAUUUUGCUUGGUUUACUUUGUGACAAAUGUUUUUAACCAAUUAAUAAACCAAAG